AUCAGCGCAACGCAUUUCUUUGUCACCAGCAACGCAAAUUUGCCGAUAACGAUGCCAAAAUUUAUAUGCCAAUUUUAUGACAGACGAGCUAUCGAUUGAUGGUACAUCCAUACAUUUGGAACGCGUUUUCGUUGGGAUCGUUGGGGUCUGCUGCGUCCUUGCGCCCCUGUCCUUAAGCUAACAAGAAAUGCAAAACGGCAGCCUUCGAGGCACGUCCCAACACCACCACGACAGCGCAACAUCCGAGCCUGAAGCCGAACUUGAUGGCUCGCCUCCUCCGAAAGCUCCUCCCGAUUCCGCUGUAGGAGAUUCCGUUCCUAAUAACCCUAGGCAUGAAGAUGAGGAGCCCGACACCCUCCCGGGACCCCCGUCCAAAAAGCGGAAACUUGCAGACUCCUCUGGCCGAAGUACGCCGCGUCCAAUAUCUCCUCCGUGGAAGCGCGUGGCGGUUGAUGGGCCCACCUCCUUCAUCGAAGGCGGCAGGCGAAAGUCGUCUAGGACAAACGUCGUACCACUCGAUUUGCUGCCUCAGUCGGAUAAGAGACAUACCCGUUCUGCACACCAGGACUACGUGAACCGAUCGAAGCCAACUCGCGUUUCGCGACAUGGGAAUUCUCCGUUGGUCGCGAUGGCAUCCCAAUCUGAAACGAAUGGGAGGCGUUUGUCUACAGGAAAGGUCACUACUAAUGGUACUGAAACUACUUCUCCCAGGAAAGAUUCUCUACGAAGCCCGAGUACCAGAGUCCUACUCGCGAAACAACAAAAUACCCAAACUUCCGUUUCUAAAAACGGGUCGUCGAGAAACAGAGCUCCUAGUCUAGCUACGUCUGGUUCCCAUAACAAGUCCACUACUCUUACGAACGGGAGGAGUACCCCCAGGUCUCACCGAAGCCAUGUUACCUCUGCGGAGACGUCUCCUGUGGCUGCAAAACAUGCGACUACAAGUGGAAGAAGUCGGAGGACCGAGGUUUCAGAGCGACAGGAGGCCGGAGGGAAUUCGGGUCCGAUGUUACCAAGACUGCGGUUUAAAGUCAAAAUGCCGUCUCUAGCUACCCAGCAUCCAUCCCAUGUUCUACCGGAUAGGAAAUACUCGUCAUUUCGUGAAUGGAUAGAAAAUGAAGCUGCAACAGACGAUGAAGUGGGAUUCUCCACUCCUGAGGCUGCGCUUGCAGAGGCUCGCAUGCGAUCGAGGGUUUGGGAAGCGGGGCAGCCUGGCCAACUACUAAGUAAAGAACGCUGCUCUCGUUAUAUGACUGAUCCGGCGGAAGAACCUCCCGCCCAAUACUCCCACCAAGAUUACCUUAUCGCCCAUGCCUUGUAUUUUAAGAAAUUGCUCGAUAAGGAACGCAAGCAGCAUCGACACCUAGCAAAACUAUUUGCUCAAUGGUGUGCCGAAGUGUGGAGGAAGCGAAAUAAACACCCAGAGGAUAUAUUAAGGGAACAGCAGGAAGAAAUGCGUCAGAAACGUAAACAACUUGUUAAGGAUUUGCAGCGUCAGUUUGAUGCGGUUCGUGCAGAGGUGGAGAAAGCUCGUUUGGCCCGAUGGGAGGAACAGAGAAAGGCAGAGGAUCAACUUGCGUUAAACAAGGCUAUCAAACAAUCCACUUUGUUGUUUGAAAUGAGGAGACCGGAUAGACCGGACGAUUCUCAAAUCGAGGAGAGCCAGUCUGAGGUUCAAACGGGCUCGGAGUCAGAUGAAUCUAGCACCGACGAAACAGAGGAUGAAAGUAAUAUGUCGACGGCAUCUGAGAGUGAAGGGGAUGACGAUGGCGAAAUUAACGAUGACGAAGGCUUGACGGCAGAAGAACUUCGUAUUAAGUAUGCGCAUCUUACUUCGAGUAACAUUGGAGUUGAUGUUAAAUCAAGCCGUUCGCCGCGAGACCCAUUGAUAUCCGCCCGUGAUGCCUCUCCUGACAUGGAAUCAAACACCAAAAUGGAAGAUCCAUUUUCAACAUCUGCAAGUGAUACAGGACAAGGCGUAGCAAACUUAGAUGAAGUUGAUUCGGUGCUGCUAGAUGAUAGCGACGAAGAGUCGACGGACAUGGAAGAUGACAUGGGUGAUAAUGACGAAAAUCGUUCAUUCUCCGAUGAAAGUGGCGACGAUGAGGCCAGUAGCAGUGAUGAAGAGGGCCCUGGUUUAUUGGGGUUUUUUACCACAAAAAUAGACAAAGUUGAGCAAGGAAGUAAUUCCCACAAGCAAGAUCCUGUUGAAACAGACGGGGAAGAGAAGGGUGAUGAAGACGAGGUCAUCCUUGUCCCAAAUGGGACAAACGAGCCAGAUGGACAAGAAUAUCAACCGAGAGCGCACGAGUCGACAGAACACGAGCCACUAAGUCAAAAAUUGACCGUACACGAACCUACUCGAACUGAUGAUAAUGGUAUCAGCGAGCAUGACAAAUCUCAAGCUUCUAUCAAUGUUCGCCCAAUUAGAGAUGCUAGCAGCGAGCCUUCGCCGGUAACGAUUACAACAAAGCCGUCGGAAGCUGAAUCGGUUUCUUCAUAUGAACCAAACCAGAACGAUUAUAAUGAGAGUCAAGCUGAUAGUUCGCCUACGAAAUCAUCUCUUCCAAUAAAAACACCCAUCCCGCACCUUCUACGUGGGACACUACGUGAGUAUCAACACUUUGGUUUGGAUUGGCUUGCGGGUUUGUAUACUAGCAAUAUCAACGGCAUUCUUGCGGAUGAAAUGGGUCUCGGGAAAACUAUCCAAACGAUAGCGCUACUGGCACAUUUGGCGGUCGAGCACGAGGUAUGGGGACCGCACCUCGUGGUCGUUCCGACAAGCGUAAUGCUCAACUGGGAAAUGGAGUUCAAAAAGUGGUGUCCUGGAUUCAAAAUCCUCACAUAUUAUGGUUCGCAAGAAGAGCGAAGACAGAAGCGUAAAGGUUGGAUGGAUGACGACCGCUGGCAUGUUUGUAUUACUUCGUACCAACUUGUGCUUCAAGAUCAACAAACCUUCAAACGGCGGAACUGGCAUUACAUGGUUCUAGACGAAGCGCAUAAUAUCAAAAAUUUCCGAUCUCAACGAUGGCAAACGCUCCUCACUUUUAAAACCAAAGCAAGGCUUCUGUUAACUGGCACACCGCUCCAAAAUAACUUGACCGAACUAUGGUCUCUGCUCUUCUUCCUCAUGCCCUCUGAUGGCAGUGACACUGGUGUCGAAGGGUUUGCCGACCUUCGAAAUUUCUCUGAAUGGUUUCGACGACCAGUGGAACAAAUUCUCGAACACGGAAGGGAAACCAUGGAUGAUGAAGCCAAAAAAGUGGUUACGAAAUUGCACACUGUUCUGCGCCCUUACAUUUUACGCCGUCUUAAAGUGGAUGUUGAGAAACAAAUGCCUGCAAAGUUUGAACAUGUCGUACCGUGCAGGCUAUCAAAGCGCCAACGAUACUUAUAUGAUGGAUUCAUGUCGCGAGCCCAAACCAAAGAAACAUUAGCAUCGGGAAAUUAUCUUUCCAUCAUAAACUGUUUAAUGCAGUUGCGGAAGGUCUGCAAUCACCCCGAUCUUUUCGAGACGCGACCGAUAAUGACCUCAUUCUCGAUGCCAAGAUCUGCGAUAGCCGAUUUUGAAAUCAAGGAGUUAUUUGUUCGACGCCGCCUGUUAAGAGAGGAUCCAUUGAGCAAAUUAGACUUAGACUUCUUAAAUUUGGUACCCAUAUCAAGAGAAAAUGCGUCAAGGAGACUUGUGGACGACACAUCACGAAUCAUGGCCUUUGUUCCUCUCAGAGCACUACGCGAGCGCCAAUAUAAUCGCACUAACUGGCGCAUGGAAUUCGAUGGGUCCUCUGUGAAGUCUGUGCUGACAUCAAUGGAGAAUUCAUCUCGAAAAAUGAGGAUGCAGGAGCUGGAGCGGUGCUUGUACUUCGAGUCGAAGCGCCACGGGCAACGGCCACUAUAUGGGAAAAGCCUUAUCGACUUCCUCAACGUCAAUAUUAGCAUCCAGUCAAAAUCCCAACGUUUACCGCCACGUCGCUCGCUUAUUGAUUGGUUUUCGCGUCAAUCCCCCGUCCUCGCUUCGAUGAUUUUGUCCCUCAAUGAAAGGUCACUAGCGAUGGAAAACAUUAUACAGAAGUUUGCUUUUGUCACACCGGCAGCGGUUGCGUCGGACAUUACUACUGCGGCCCUGACACCUAUCGAGUCCCGAUACUUCAGCAAGGCGCAAAGGGUUCCGAACUAUGAUCCGUUCCAUGAGGCACAGAUGCGGCUAUCAAUCGCGUUCCCAGAUAAACGGCUCUUGCAGUAUGAUUGCGGAAAACUUCAGCAGCUUGACAAACUUCUUAGGAAACUACAAUCAGGCGGUCAUCGUGCGUUAAUAUUUACCCAGAUGACCAAAAUGCUUGAUAUCCUGGAACAAUUUCUCAAUAUACAUGGUCACCGAUAUCUUCGCCUUGAUGGUGCUACCAAAGUGGAGCAGCGACAGAUGCUGACCGAGCGUUUCAACAAUGAUACCCGAAUUUUAGCCUUCAUCCUCUCUAGCCGGUCAGGGGGCUUAGGAAUCAAUUUGACAGGAGCUGAUACAGUCAUAUUCUACGAUUUGGAUUGGAACCCUGCAAUGGAUAAGCAAUGUCAAGACAGAUGUCAUCGCAUUGGUCAGACUCGUGAUGUUCAUAUCUAUCGAUUUGUUUCUGAGUAUACAAUUGAAUCCAACAUUCUACGCAAGGCCAAUCAAAAACGGAUGCUUGACGAUGUGAUCAUCCAGGAAGGCGAAUUCACAACUGAUUACUUCCAAAAGUUGGAUGUGCGGGGCAUGUUAACCGACGCUGUUGUGGAUGGGCAUGACGAAGCGAGUGCAGCCAUGGACCGAGUUCUUGAUACCAAAGUUGUCGGAACCCCUCGAGCCUUCGAACAGGCAGAAGAUAAAGAAGAUAUCGAUGCUGCAAAGAAUGCGGAGAAAGAAUUGGAGCAUGCAGAUGAUGGCGAUUUCGAGGAGGGUAGCGCACCACACACUCCAGGCCAGCCCGGACCCAGCCAAGUCGGGACACCCAUGGCAACGGAAGGCGAAGAGUACGAACCAUCUGUUACUCAUGCAGGAAAUGCCAAUACUCCUGCACGCCUUGGAUCGCCAGCAGCUCAGGUUGCACAAGACAAAGCCGAGGCAGAACCUGAAUCCGGUCACAUUGAUGACUAUCUGCUACGUUUUAUGGAAUGGAAUCUGAAGGACGAACCCUUGGUUCUUCCCCCAGACAAGAGAAAAAGGAAGUCGAGAAGGGGACAAGAACAUCGAAUCAAAAGACAUAGGUGAUAGGUUCCACAGGCUGUUUACAUUUUGGUUUGUUGAUCUUUUAAAGGUCCUUACCCCGGAUCCGGGUAUUUGGAGAUGGCGAAUGGCGUUUAGUAUUUUAAUUUGUUUGGGGGUCUAGGGGUUGUGGAGAAAAAGAAAAAAAAAAGUAGGGCUCUUGGUCAUAGAUAAUAUUUUUUCCCGUUUUUUCCCCUCCGUUGUAUUCUUAUUAUCUGUUAUACUUCUGCAUAAUUCCGCAACCAACGAAAUAUUUUACGCUCGUGUACCUCUGUACACUAUAUAUAUCUAGUUGCUCCCCACACAAGUUUCUAUCAACACUGCCGAAGUAUGGUGAAUUAUGAAAUUGGGCCUCCCUGUUGUAAGGUCGAAACUUUAUUUCUCGCGCUUCGAUGCCAAUUUAUCAGUAACUAGCAAAAACUUCAUGGGCCCUGAUAUCUGC